AUGUCACCAAUUACAGCAACCCACAAUCCCAACUUCCCCGCCAAUCUCGCAAUUGCCCCUUCACAUCGAUACAACCACGAGCUUUCAAGAAAAGACCCAGAAGUUGUGCUGGAAUCGGACGUGGAUUUGACGUUUGAUGUAGCAGCUCAAAAGGCUGCUAUCGAGAGAUACGGAAUUGCUGGCAGAGUGUGGGAGGCUGCAUACGCUCUGAUGCUCUACCUGGAAGAGUCGUCAUAUCUCGAAUUCGAUCCGCCUUCACCCUUCACAUCAUCUCCUACUCCACCGUCGACAUCGAAUAUUAGGCACUCAUUCAGGAUCAUUGAGCUUGGUUCGGGGACAGGAAUCGUCGGAUUGAAGCUGGCAGAGCAUCUUGCUCGGACGCGUGCUGGCGCUGCCAAUGAUCAGGCUGCAGGCUCACGGGGCUCCAUGGUCAUCUUGACGGACUUGGACGAUGUGUGCCCAUUACUGGAGGAGAAUCUGGAUGGGCGAAGGGUACAGAUUUACGGCGAGAUGAAGGAUAGUUUGAGUCUCAGUCAAGAUUUUACGGUCGAAAUCAGACCUCUCGCGUGGGGAAAUUAUGAGCAGGCUUCCGUAAUUAUCGAGAAGAUCAGGGACAAGUACCUCAAGACGGACCAAUCGCCGAUUCCUUUAACACAUAUCGUCUGCAGUGACUUGGUCUACUUCCCCGAGCUUCUGGCGCCACUUCUACGAACACUACUUCACCUUACGUCGCCGCCGCUAGCCCCGAGCUCUGCAUCAGACACACCGACGAUCAUCAUCUCAUACAAGAUACGAUCACUAUCAAAGGAGACUCCCUUCUGGUCAUCGUUCGGACUUUGGUUUACUUUCGAACCCGUCCUCGCUCGGCCCGUUGAUCGAGAAUACGGGGGUACCCAUAACUCGGCCCCUGGCCUCGAAAGCGGAGAUGAUGAUGCUAUUGUCGAGGGCAAGCUCGAGGGUACCGGUCAUGACGGGUGGCGCCGCUUUGGAGACUCGGAUGAUGGUGACGAAGAUGCGAUGUUCGUUUUCAUCGCGAAACGGAGGCCCAAGUCUUUUGAUUGGCGUAUUCCUGAUGACGACAAGUCCUUGUUAGAGGGAGUCGGGGCCAGAGGGACGGAGAACAGAAAGGGGGACGACAGCUUCGAAGUCAUGUUACUAAUGGGUAUGAAUUGAAAAGUAAUAAUCAUCUCGAGACCCACCCGACGUCGAGGACAUGGUCCGCUCCUCGAAUCCUAUGCCACUCGAUUUCAUCGCUAUUUCCUCAGCCUCUCCAAUCUUCCAUCCGAUUAUCUCACUCCUCUAUCUUCUAUUCAAUGAGACUUGAAGCCGGGAACUACGUCUCGCUCCGCGAAUCGCCCAUCGAACAACUUGUACGGCGCCGCGUUUUCCUCGUCCACGUCGAUCUGUUUCCACUCGUCCAUCCAUAUCCCCUCUCCACCCAUCCUUCCUAUCCCCACGAGCGGAAGCCUAUCCUCCUGCGCUGGGGCCAGCUCCUUGAUCACCCAUCCCAUAUCCGUUAUCUCUUUGAACCUCUUUAGCCAUCUCUCAUAGUGAAAGUUGUGUUUGAUGUCCCUCGUCGCCGUCUUCAACCCCAAAGCACGCGUCGCAAUCAUAGUGCCCCAACCGUCCCAGGGAAGAAAAGGUAUAUCGAUGAUGUUGAUGAUCUUUAUCAUCUCCGAUGGCGCUUCACAAUAGAUGAUUAGCAUGUCUGCACGCAUGAUGGAAGCUUCUCUCGCGCUCUUGGUCCUCUCAAGCACCUGCUUCCUCUCCUGCGUCAUUUGCUCUGCUAGUUUCUGCGACGCCGAGCGGAUAGAUCGUAUGGCUGCAUUCUCGACCCUCCAGGCCAUACUGACAUUGCCUUUGUAUUCCGGACGAAUCGACAUGUAGAUAUGCAGGUAAUUGUCCUCGAAAUCGAAUUCGUCGAUUAGGUGAUCGGGACCGAGAGUGGAUUGGCAGUAGUCCCAGAUGGCGCUGUGAGCUGCUUGCUCGACGGAACGGCUGUGGAUCGUGAACCAAAAUCGGAGGAUUCGAUAGAAUUCCUCGGUCAUGACCUUGAUGUCGAACCCGGAUUCGAGCAACCCUGCGAGGCCGGGCAGGCCUUUUAUGGCGAUGGUGGACCGCAGCAAUUCUUCCUGCGCCUUCAGUGUAGGUUUUUUGCAGUUGGGUUUGUGCUCCUUCCAAGACGAGACCUGACACUCCUUUGAACAAUAAGAAACCGUUCCACAUCUGCUACACUGUUUCCACCUCGUGCCCUCGGGUGGACGCUUGCAGCAAUGGUGACAGGUGUUGCCCCUUGAGGGAUCCGAAUAGCCUGGCUUGGAGGUUAACAUUAUA